CUCUGCUCUUUCACUUUGCAAAUAGUCGAAACGGCGUGAUUGACCCAUAGCCUCGACAUGAAGUUCCUAAAGACUGGAAAGGUGGUGCUUGUUCUUCAGGGCCGGUAUGCCGGAAAGAAGGCGGUGAUCGUCAAGAACUUUGACGAAGGCACCAAGGAGCGCCCCUACCCCCACGCCAUCGUUGCCGGCAUUGAGCGCUACCCAUUGAAGGUCACCAAGGGAAUGGGUCAGAAGCGUGUUGCCAAGCGCUCCCGCGUGAAGCCUUUCGUCAAGGUCGUCAACUACAACCACCUCAUGCCCACAAGGUACAACUUGGACAUUGACCUGAAGCAAGUUGUUGGCGCUGAGAGCGUCAAGGAGCCCACCCAGCGCAUUCAAUCCCGCAAGGCCGUCAAGAAGCUCUUUGAGGAGCGUUACAACAGUGGCAAGAACAGGUGGUUCUUCCAAAAGCUGCGUUUCUAAGUUAGAAGCAGUUGGCUGUUGGUGUGGGAUAAUAUAAUGAUGAAAUCGAGUGCCUUGUACAUUUUUAUCCAGUGUUGCAUGUUUACUGUCGUCUCUAAUUUGAACAAUAAUGAUCGUUGGGGCUGACGUAAUCACCUUGCGCACUCUUUG